AUGGCAAAGCCAAAUCAACUCAGGCCCGACCAACUGAGUCAUUUUGUGCAUUUGUCGAAGCACAAGUACCGGAAGCAUCGCAGAGCUCUCAAGAGUUUGUUCAAGCGUAAUGAAUAUAGAAUUGAACCCAAUACACCUGUGCAGGAUCGAUCCAUCUACAAAUACUGGAAAAACCGGCUGCGUUUAUUCUCGAAAAUGGAAUGCCGUGAUCUGUAUAUGACGCACGAGCUGUGGUUCAGUGUAACACCCGAGGUGGUUGCCAAGUUUGCCGCUAGAUUUAUCAAGAGCUGUUUGCCCGAUGCAGAAGUGAUGCUAGACGUCUAUUGUGGCGGCGGUGGGAAUACGAUUCAAUUUGCACAAUAUUUCAGCAAGGUUUACGGCGUGGAUAACUCCUUGGAACAUCUAUAUUGCACCUACCGCAACGCUCAGGCCUACAAUGUUGAAGAUAGAAUCUGGCUGAAGCUUGGAGACUGGCCCACACUCAGCCGAAAAAAACGAUUCAACAAGCUUAAGAUUGACUGCGUCUUUUCGUCUCCUCCCUGGGGCGGUCCACAGUAUCUGAAAAGCGAGCUCUACGAUUUGGAGGCCGCUUUGCUCCCGCAGGGUCUCCGAGAAACCCUGCAAGGUCUCUUUCAAGUGAGUGGGAACGUGGUACUAUUUCUGCCGCGAAAUUCGGAUCUAGGACAAAUCUCUCGGGUCACACGAGAACUUUUAGGUGAGCAAGCCCGCUGCAAGGUUCUAUACGUCAAGGAGAACGGCUUUUUGAAAGGCAUAUUAUGUUUCUGGGGAGAGCGAUUCUACAAUUACCACGGGCAUGUAGAACUCGGGCAUGAGCAAGAGACUUCGAAGCCCGGAGCCACUUCUUCGCGUAUAGAUUAUUCGGUUGACGGCUAA